AUGCAUGGUGUUGGUGUGUAUGAUGAAAAUGCAGGUGAAUUGGUUGUUACAGAUGUGGUGACAAAGGAGCGUGCAUCAGAUGACUUUCGGGGUGUGCUGCGUAUGUUGCGUGAAAGCAUUGGCGAGAGGGCCAAUCACAAGACCAUGGUUGCAACAAAGCGUUCUCUGCAGACCUUGCUACUGCUGAGUCUAGUGCAUUCCACAGACGCCUUGAGCCUGACGAGCCCAAUUCCUUUUUCAGUGCUUGAGCAGUUGCAGCUUCAUGGACUUUCAUGUUGGAUGGCUUCAAUGCUGAUUCUCUAUUUCAUGUUUGCCUCACUGUUGAUUGCCAUGCCACCACGUCGUGACAUGUGGGAUGAACAACCCGGCGGGUUGCAUGAACAAGAACCAGAGCAUGCCCCUAGCAGUGCUGCAGCCUCUUCAAGCAGCCCUGCGCCCACUUACAACAAAGUGGCAGUGCACUGUUUCCUUUGCAUUUGCUUGAGACACCGCUUGGAGCUGAUCGACGAUGCUGAAACCGAGAGUGAUACUGCAAUGAUCAGUGCAUUGAAUGCAAUUCACGAUGUUUUGAUGGAUGUGUUCUCUUUGUUUGAGCGUGAUGGAAUUUCUCCAGCGAGCUUGCAGUUGGUGAAGGUUCAAGACAAUGGUUCUACUGGAUUUGGAAUGCACACGGUUGUGACAGUCUUUAAGGCCAUGACUUCAAAGCACAAGUCAUCUCGUGGGAAAGAACAACAGAUGGAACUGCUUCCCUUCACGGCGCUGGGUCAUGUGACACACGAUGAGUCAUGGGGUAGCAGUUGGAUGGAUGCACGAGCCACCUUGUUGAGUUGGGCAGCCAAGAGUACCAUGUUUACAGCAGACGAGCAACUUGCACUUGGGCAUCACGUCAACGCUCAAUACAGGUCAGCGAUGAUCUAUUCGAGGGACAACCAGAUAGGCCUUUGCAAAAAGAUUCACCUCAUGUUCUGUCGAAUCAGGGAUGGAAGCUUCGACCCGGACGCCACCAGGGUCAGCCGUCUCUUUCAGCUGGCUUUCGACACUGCGUUGGAGAGGGAUGGUGGAAGCAGUGACAGCAGCUCAAGCACCUCUGAUGACGCUUCGUCAGUGGCAUCUUCAAAUGGCGAACAUGCAGUUUUGGCUCAAAAGACUACUUUUCGUCGGUUAGAUGCAGACGACAUGGAAGCUGACAAAUGCUUGAUCAACAGGCAUGAUGAAGCUUUGCACUCAAAGGUUGACACCUCUUUGGCGCUGGACAACUCUGGGGGCUUGCGGCUCAGCAAAAAGCAGAAGCUGGAUGACGUGAAUGUGACGGGUGAACAUAAACUCCGACAAGCAUUUUUGAGAAGGUCGCUGGCUUAUGAUCUAGCAGGCAUAGCAACCUUUGCAGCUCUUGACUUGUGGACUCAAAAGCUGUUCGAAAAGAUGAAUGAAACGCCGUUGACAAACUACAGACAUAUCAGUGUGGAACAGGCGAUCAACCCAGACAAAGCUUUAUGGGUCAAGGUUUCGAACGACACUCGAGGCAAGCUGCAGCCGAAAACUGGAGCUGAUAAGCCUUUUGACAUUGCCUUUGAGAAAUUCUCUGAACACCCAGAAGUCUUGCAACAUUUGACUCCUUUGCAGAGCGUGAGCAGCCAGAAACACGACGCAACCAACACUUCGUCGGCCACAGGUCCAUCGAGUUCCAUCUUUAUUUUUGCAGUGCUGAUUUUUCACGACAAUUCAGUGGCGUUUCGAAUCGAAAGUUUGCUUCCUCCAGAUCCACCUGACGAUUUCUUUGCUGAGGAAAUGGCUCCUCCAUAUGAGCCUCGAAGUCCAGAGCAUAUGGCAAUGUGGAUGACCUAG